GGAUAGAGUAGAGUACUCGAAAAUGGGGGAGGUACAGUAUAUGAAUGACCUGUAAAUUAACCUUGGGGAGUUCAUGCUCCCCCGAGAGAAUUUUAAAAUUUGAACCUCGGAAAUGCUAUUUCCUGCGUUUUCAGCCAUGGGAAUGUCCAACAAUUUUGCUGUACUAAGCCUAAGGAACACUUACUGUCCUUUAUUUUAAACAAGGGAAAAUCACAAAAUGAGCUUUGAUUAAUAUGUAAUAAAACAAAAUUUCAAUAAUGUGAUUUUUUUGCCCUCCGAAACAACAAUGUUCCACCAAAUCAAAUAGCUCUGUAGCUUUUCAAUCGUUCAUACAAAUAGCUUGUUGGAGAGUCGGUUGCAUCCUGUUCCGAAUUUUUUUAAAAUCUAGACUCUCUAAACUGGCAUUUUCGCAUUAAAAUCAUCGUAUAUACAGUACUCAGUAGGUUCAACUUGCAUCCUAUAGAUGGGCCUUUGAAGCUUUAAUAGUUUGGAGCUAUGCUAUCAAAAAACGCACACAGACUCAACUAUCCAAAAAUUAUUUUUCUACCAUGCAUAUUAGAUAUGUAUAAAUAACUUAUAAACUUAUACAUAUCUUAAGCCCAGAUUUUCUCGGGGGGGGGACAAUUUUGCCAGGGAACGCCACUGGCUAUCGUAUGUUAUAGGCUCCAACGGCGGUAGAAUCCCUGUGAUGUUGUCGACUGUUCACCCGUGUUCUUUUAACUGUGCAUGUGCCUGCUCAAAAAUGCAAAAUCUUGCAAGCCUGUGGACACAAUACUGAAGUGAAGAACGUCAGUAUAGAUUUACAUGUUGGAAUUUUUUUUGAGCGCUCUCUUUUGCAUGAUAUUUUUUUUCUCGAUUGUAUGCUGCAUGAUUUUUUUUCUUUCUCCUUGGCGGAUUGCAGGAAAUUAAUUUUUUUUCAAAAUCUUCCAACCCCCCCUCAUAAAUCAAAUGGUCCGCCCCUUAGACUUAGUGCCAAAAAUAGACUCCAGUUUCAAAGGUGAUGCUAUAUAUAUGCAAUUUAUUCAGUAUAAGCACCAAAAACCGUUUCGCGUUUGACCUUCUUACUAUUUAGUAAGCAGCAAAAAUUAGUUUGUGUAUUGGCCGUUUAGGUUUUACAACAACAACAAUAGUUUAUUUACACUCAAAAAGAUACAAAUACAUUCUGUUAUGGAUAAAAAAAAUUACAAAUGAGAGUGAAGGCCACCUGUAAUAACCAUAAGGGCUAAUCGAGACAUGUGGCCUGUGGUUUAGCGAUGUUUAUAUUACAAAUAGUUAACGCUACUAUUAGUAACAUCGUAUAUGGACUUAAAAAUCGUUUCGACCGACUCGGCCGUAUUUAGCAAACGUCAUGUAGCUAUUUCGCGGCCACGACCACACAGUCCGCUUUGAAAUUUAAAGUGCUUGUAAAUUAAAUUGACUUAGCGAUGACGAUUUGAAAUAUUUAACGAAGUAUUAGAAAUUAACAUCAUUAUUAUUUUAUCUAAACUCUAAAAAACAGUUUUGGCCGACUUAGAAUUUAGCAAGCAUCAUGUAUUUCGCGCCUGUACGCGCGAAAUUUCUGACCCGUCACGCUUGGUCAGGUAUUUCGCAGAGGUCAGGAAUAUUGCUUGACACCGGCGAGCGAUAUUCUCGUUGUACAAAUAUUUCAAACCUUCGACAACACUCUUCGGCACAUGUUGGCAGCAACGGAGUCAAAGUCGGCACAUGUUGGAGUCAAAGUCGUCGUCUACGAAAUGGACAAAAUCUUCUAGAGUGCAAAGACUUUUUGCAACUCCAAACGGCCUGAAACGGGCGAAAAUCGAAGCAAGAAUACUCUAUCAUUAUUGAAAAUUCACUGGGAACCGGAUUAUGUUCCAGUGUGGCCUUUUGUACUGUUCAACAGUGCGGCUUCUUUCUCGAAACAGGAUUUCGAGUCAAUGCCAAUGGACUCGACAUUAAUGUUUUUGGCAACCACUUUUUCUAGUCUUUCUUUUGUAUUUUGCUAGGUAUACGGACCCAAACGUACGGCAACCCAACUUAUUUUCUUUUUCGAAACGUUUCCACUCAAACUUUGGCAACUCUGGUCCUUUUUUGCCUUUCUUUUCAGACUUGUUGGGAUUUUAAAGCUCGCUGCCAUUUUGUUCCAUUUUGGUCGAAUUUGGCGCGAAAAUGUGGUCCUAGUCCGCGUUUUACUAAUAGAGUCCAGUCCGCGUUUUACUAAUAGAUUCCGGUCUGCGUUUUACUAAUAGAGUCCAGUCCGCGUUUUACUAAUAGAGUCCAGUCCGCGUUUUACUAAUAGAGUCCAGUCCGCGUUUUACUAACAGAGUCCAGUCCGCGUUUUACUAACAGAAUCCAGUCCGCGUUUCACUAAUAGAGUCCAGUCCGCGUUUUACUAAUAGAGUCCAGUCCGCGUUUUACUAAUAGAGUCCAGUCCGCGUUUUACUAAUAUUCUGAGUCCAGUCCGCGUUUUACUAAUCUGAGUCCAGUCCACGUUUUACCAGUCCAGUCCAGUCCGCGUUUUACCAUAUGCCUGAAUAUACAACAUAUUUUGAAGACCCCCCUUUGAAUCUCAUCAAGUACAAAAAUAUUUAACGUGUAACCAAAAUAUGCUCAUGAAAUUGAAAUUAAUAGCUAAAUUUUCAAACUAGACCCUUCUCGAAGCGGUUUUCAUGAAGGAAUGUUCACAUUUCGGCCUUUGAUUCUUGAAAAUUUGACCACAAUACGUGCGAAGCAACUACCCAGUUGCUCAUAGACUUAGCUAAAACGUUGCGAGCCCCUGUUUUCCUGACGAUAUGUAAAUGUUUCAUACCUACAAACGCCGAAUUCGAAAAGUUUUUCUUUUCAUUUAGCUAUAUUUGAAAUUGAGACCACGGGCUAUUUUAAAAAAAAUACAGUUCGAAGUCAAGCUAUUUUUACAUAUUUUCAAAAUUUGUCAAAUUUCGCGAGCUUGUAUUUUGAACUUAGACCGCUGAAGUUACAUUAAAUUAACAAACAUAGGAUGGAAAAUUUGAGGCAUAUAAAAUUAAUUUGAACUUACAUUUCUUUUUCAUAUCACGUUUUUCUUCGUUUAUUACGGUUUUAAAUAAGCCAUAGCUCGGCAUAUACGGUAUUUGCCUCCAUGUUCACGUCGCCAUAUUCACUUCUUCCAAUCACUCGAUUACAAAAAAUAUCCCAAAACAAGGAAUUCAUAAAACAAAAAAUCGUCAGCUAAAACAGCUUCUUGCUAACUUUCUGCUUUGUUUUGAAUUUAAAUGCAAUUAAUGUUGCUUUGUUUCUGCCCGCGAUUUUUGGUCAGCGACGACAAAUUUCCCACCUGUUCAAGACUCCAGUCUUUUCUGACAGUUGAGGAAGUUCAGGCAGUUCUUGAAACCUUGGAUGUUACAAAAGCCACAGUACCUGAUAGAGGUGUGCAAAUCCCAUUCGAAAUCGAUCCGAAUCCGAUCCGAUUCGUUCGGAUUUCGGAACCAAAAUAUUCAUUUCGGAUCGGAUUGAUAAAGUUGUUUCGUAGUUGGAUAGGACUUCGAUAUUAGAAAUAAAAUGAAUUAAUUAUCCACGCAUUAUCGCAAGAAUUAAUUAUCCAUGCAUUUAUCAAAGCAUUAUCGCGGUUGUCGCUGCAUUAUUCGUUUGAUAUUUCAAUUCGUCACAUUGUCAGCUUCUUGACAUGUAUUUCUUGUUUUUAUAUUUAUUUGGUUAAAUAUUUCAACUUGAAUGAGAAAUUUAUUUUAUUAAAGAAUUCUUCGGAUCGGAUCGGAUUGGAAUUCUUUAUCAAAACUCGGAUCGGAUUCGGAUUAGACAAUUUCGGAUCGGAUUUUAAACAUUGGGCAGUUAUCGGAUUAUAAACGUCCAAUCUGAUCCGAUGCACACCUCUAGUACCUGAUUUCCUGUUAUUUCAACGACUUUCUGCACGCUUUUUAAUAAGUUUCUAAGUCAAGGUGCUCUCCCGGAAGAUUGGAAAAUCGAUCGCCAACAUAAUUCCUGUGAACACGAAAGGUGAAAAGGAAUAUGCUGAAAACUACCGCCCAAUCUCACUCCUUUCAAUUGUGUCGAAAGCUAGUUUUGGAACAGCUGUACAAGGUAAUUAAGACCUCGCAGCACGGAUUCAUCAGAGGAAAAUCAUGCGUGCCAAUCGUCUCGAAGUUCCCAAUUAUAUUGGCUCGAUUUUGGAUGUUGCAAUUGGAGGUCAAAUCGAUGCUGUGUAUCUUGACAUGUCUAAGGUAAACCAUAACUCGGUUCAGUCCUAUAUUCAGCCUCUAUGUCAACGACCUUCCAGAUACAAUUACAUCUAGUCAUGUUGCUAUGUUUGCUGAUGAUACAAAACUGUUCAAAAACAUCAAGUCCAUCAAAGAGAGCGAACAGCUUUAAAAGAUCCAAACUGUUCAGAAGUAACCUUGACCUUAUUUCGCAACCUUAUUAUCGCGUGAACAAUGACAAUUAAUAGUGCAUAAAUAUGUAGAUUGGACUUAUAUAUAGCCAGGCGAACUAGUAAACAGUCAGUGUAUGUAAAAAUUAAGAUUGAUACGAUUCGUAUAUAGAUAAAUAAAGUUAAAAGAUAAUUUCGACUUCGAACCAAAUUGGUAGCAGGAAAUGGUUCACAUCGUGUAAUUUAAUCGAAAAUGGCUAGCGAUAAUGAAUUCGAACAGCCAACUACAGAGUUAACAGCGGGUUUACAACAAUUAUUUGUCGAACCAGAUGAACCUGAUGAAGCGGAGAAUCGCCUUCAAGAGUUAAAAUAUCAAAAAGCAAGAGCAAAGACAGCUUUUACAAAGGCAAGAAAUCAAUUACUGAACUUGCUCGACGAAGAAGAGUGCCCAAAUCGAAAGCAGAUUCGGGAAAUACGACGAAAGUUAAACGAGAAACAGGAGCAAGCUUUUGCAGCAAUUGACGCAUUAGCAUGCGAGUAUUCGAGCAGAACGGACAGAAGCGCUUUAAGAAAAACUACAGAAGAGAUAGAAAAACUUGAAAUGGAAUUUACAGAUGCACAGAAUCGCGUUCAAGUUUACUUUGAUAAUACCUUGGAUGAUUCAUCGAGUUGUAUAUCACAGAGCAGUACGAGAGAAUUCGAGAAAAAUCAAGUCGAGUUCAAAACCGAGUCAAGUUGUAAUGCCCGUGGAGACCAAUUAGUAGAUGAGCAACAAAAGACUAUGUUACACCAAGAGCCAGUUCGUUUCGUUAAACAAUUUCAAAGCACACCGUAUCACAAAUCGACAACAAAAGUUGAACAGAACACGAUUGGCAACGAUUUGUGGAGACAAUUAAAACGAGUAUCUAUACCAGUAUUUUCAGGCGACAAACGUAACUACGAGAACUGGAAAGCGACUUUCAUAGCGUGCAUCGAUCAAGCCCCAGCAAGCCCAGAGUAUAAACUCUUACAACUUCGACAGUAUUUAUCUGGGGAAGCAUUAAAAACAGUUGAGAAAUUGGGGCAUUCUGCAAUCGCUUAUGAAGCUGCCAAAGAAAGAUUGGAUAGAAAGUACGGCGGUACGCGGCGACAAGUUGCUCUUUAUUUAGAAGAGCUCGAAAAUUUUAAAGCCAUUCGUCCAGGGAAUUCAAAAGACUUGGAGGAAUUUGUCGAUAUUUUGGAUGUAGCUGUUAUUAACCUACAAGAAAACGGUAGACAUGAGGAACUUGGAAACGGGUCCUUAUAUUUGAAGCUACAGAAAAAGUUGACGGAGCCAAUGAUUUGUGAAUAUCACCGGUGGAUAUUCGAGAAGAAAAAAGCGGAAUCUGUACUGUCACUUCGCGACUGGGUAAUUCAAGAGUCUGAAUUUCAGACAAUAGCGGCAGAAACUGUCAAAGGUUUACAUCCGGGAAACGAGAAAAGAUCAAAGUUUAGAGACGGUGGCCGAACAUACUUUAAUAGAGACGGUGUAUCCAAAUGCAAUUUGUGUAAUAAUCAACACCCUAUCUGGAGAUGCAAUCAGUUCAAGCAAAUGACGGUCUCAGAAAGAUGGAAUUUUGCCAAACAAUCGCGUCUUUGUUAUCGAUGCUUGAGCGAAGGUCAUACUGGCAGUAAAUGUACGAAAAGUAGAUGUUGCGGUGUCGAUGGUUGUACAAAAACUCAUAACAGAUUGUUACAUGGAUAUCCUCAAACUGAAAGGAAAGAAAUGGAGAGCAAUCAACGCGAAAAUUGCGAAAGAUUACCAAGAAAUGGGAGAUCUAUUUCUCAAGCCACUCAAACUCUUCCUACCACGGAAGGGGAGUAUUCUACAGAGGUUAAUGAGAGAUCCCUUACUACGCGAGUCGAUUCGAAGAUAUCACAACGACAAGAGUUCCUUGCAAUGCGGACAGUUCCAGUUAUACUAACAAAUGGGAAUCGUAGAAUGACAGUGAAUGCUUUAUUAGAUGAUGCUAGUACGAAGACGUAUAUAAAUGCUGAUGUAGCCGCUGAGUUAGGACUUCACGGAAAUCCUCAGAGGACCAACGUGAAUGUCUUGAAUGGUCAAAUAGAAACAUUUCUGACGAUGCCUGUUGAGUUCAAAUUGGAAAGUCUGGAUGGAAAAGUCAACACUACUAUGGAAGCUUACACAACCGAAAAAGUAACUGGUGACAUGAAGGUUGUAAAUUGGAAUCAGUAUGCGACAAAGUGGAGUCAUCUUAAGGAUAUUGAGUUUCCAGUUAGUGCAUCGAAGCCUUUUGUGGAUAUUCUCAUCGGUCUUGAUUACGCAGACCUUCAUUAUUCCGUAAAAGAUGUUCGAGGUCAAGUGAACGAGCCAAUUGCCAGGCUUACACCACUUGGAUGGACAUGCAUUGGAGUCCCACAAGAUGAUCAGUUAUGUCAGCUAACUAACUUCAACCGGACUUAUUUUACGCGAAAGGAUCACAAGUUAGAUGAAGUUGAUGCAGUGCUUCGUAAGUUCUGGGAAAAUGAAAAUGUUGUCUCGAUUGAGAGUGGACCUUGGCAGAAAGAAGACCAUCUAGCAUUGCAGAAAGUGGAACAAUCGCUCAAGUAUGAAAAUGGAAGAUAUCAAGUAGCGAUUCCUUGGAAACGUAGUGAGCCCACAGUCUCAAACAAUUACGGUAUGGCAUUUCGAAGACUACAGAAUACCGAGAAACGUCUCAAGAGGAACAUAGAAUUAGCGGGAGUCUAUUCGGACAUAAUUGAACACUAUAUUCAGAAAGAGUAUAUUCGAAAGGUGGAAGAGACGGAGAAACGACCACUCGAAGCUUGGUAUUUACCUCACUUUCCUGUACUACGUCCAGACAAACCAACAACUAAAACCCGAAUCGUAUUUGAUGCAUCGGCGAAACAUGACGGAAUUUCUCUGAACGACGAAAUUUACCAAGGCCCGAAGCUACAGAGAGAUUUGUUUAACAUUCUAAUUCGUUUUCGAGAGCAUCCAGUUGCCCUUAUCUGCGACAUCGCUGAAAUGUAUCUUCGCAUAGAAGUUGCUCCACAGGAUCGAAAGUAUCAGCGUUUCCUUUGGCGUUCAAUGGACGAAGAUAAAAUUCCAGAUGAGUACGAAUUCAAUCGCGUUGUAUUCGGAAUAAAUUCAUCACCUUUUCAAGCGCAGUACGUGGUCCAACAACAUGCUAAGACAUUGGAGAAUAUCUAUCCAAUGGCAGCGAACACGGUCAACGAAUCCACUUACAUGGACGACAGCAUGGAUUCAGUUGCGACAGACGCACAAGGUAUCGAGCUGUAUCGUCAGUUAAGCGAAUUGUACGAGAAAGCUGACAUGUAUCCGCACAAAUGGCUUUCGAAUUCCGUAGCGGUGUUGGAACACAUCCCAGAAGAGAAACGAGCAACGAAUGUUUCUUUAGAUAAACCGAGCGAUUUGCCGACUGUUAAAACACUUGGAUUGCAAUGGUUAGCGGACGAAGAUUCCUUCACCUUUAACGGACUGUCGUAUAAGAAUGAUCUUCCGCCUACGAAACGUAAUUUCCUCAAGAAAAUGGCGUCUCUUUUCGAUCCUAUGGGGUUUCUUGCACCAUUUAUCAUCCAAGCGAAGAUUAUUCUUCAAGAGAUAUGGACACGAGGACUUGAUUGGGAUGAUGAAAUCCAUGAUAACGACUUAGUUUCGAAAGCAGAGACGUGGUUCAAGCAAUUAGACAAUUUGGCGAAAGUUAAGAUACCAAGAUGUCUACGAUUGGGGAAAGAAGAACAAGUUCUUUCGUUCUCCUUACACACGUUUGUUGAUGCGUCCCAAGAAGCCUAUGGAGCGGUAGUGUAUGCAAAAGUUGUUUAUUACAGUGGAAAACAAUCCUGCCGGCUGAUCGCUGCGAAGACAAAAGUUGCACCUCUCAAAGCAACGAGCAUCCCACGUCUCGAGUUAAUGGCUGCAGUGUUGGGAGCGAGGUUAACGAAUUCCAUCAUUGACGUCCUUAGGGUGAAGCCUGAUCAUGUCACUUAUUGGUCGGACAGUAUGAACGUUCUUUGGUGGAUACGCAAUCCCAGCCGAAAGUUUCAAGUAUUUAUUGCUAACCGUGUUGCCGAAAUUCAAACUCUAAGCAAUCCUAAUCAAUGGCGUCAUAUUCCUUCUGAAGAGAAUCCUGCGGAUUUGGUAACAAGAGGUGUUACACUAUCUAAGUUAGUAUCCAUGAAUUACUGGUGGAAAGGUCCUAGUUUCUUGGUACAAGACGAAUCUGUGUGGCCGAUUAAUCGAAUCCAAAUUCAAGAGAGCGAGAACGAAGAGAGAAAGAACUAUCGUAACGAAGAGAGAACGAGAAUCAACAAGAACAAAGAAAAUCCUGAAAGAACAAUGACUGCCAUUUGUGCAAGCCCUUGGCGUCUACAACCAAGCAUGUUUUCAUCUUGGCAAAGACUAAUUCGAAUCCGAGCAUGGGUAAAUCGAUUUAUAAGCAACUGCAAAUUAACUGCUUCCUGUCGCACGUAUGGUGAAUUGACUCCAGAUGAGAUCAGAGAAGUAGAAAAUGCAAUAAUCGCUGAAGCUCAAAGAGAAACUUUUCUAUUGGAAGUACGAGCUCUCCAAUGUGGAAAAGAAAUACCUAAAAACAGCAAAUUAAUCGGUCUACACCCGCGUUUUCACGAAGAUGGUCUUGUUCGAUCGAAUGGACGUUUACAAUAUGCUGAAUUCCUUCCUACAGAUGUUCGUUAUCCAAUCAUUCUACCACGAAAGCAUUGGGUCACGAAAUUGUUGGUGAAAUAUUACCACGAGCAGGGCAAGCAUAUUGGCGGUACGAACCAAACAUUGGCAGAAAUGUCUUCGCGAUUCUGGAUUGUAUCUGGACGUGAGGAAAUUCGGGAUUGGGAAAAAGAAUGUUCUGAAUGUAAACGAAGAAACGCGAAAGCAGCGACUCAAAUUAUGGCACCACUUCCAAAUAUUCGAUUGAAGAAGUCGAUGCGAGCGUUUUGUUACACGGCAGUAGAUUACGCAGGUCCGUUCUUCACUACGCAAGGGAGAGGAAGACGUCGUCAAAAGCGUUAUCUCUGUCUAUUCACCUGUUUAUCCUGCAGAGCUAUUCAUCUCGAAAUAGCAUUUUCUAUGGACACUAAUUCAUUUCUUAACGCCUUCUAUCGAAUGGCAAAUCGACGAGGUUUACCUCAAGAAAUCGUUUCCGACAACGGUACCAAUUUUGUUGGGGCAGAAAAGGAAUUACGUCAACUAGUGGAGCAAUUAGACAAGAACAAAAUCGUAGCCUCGACAGCGAGUAAAGGUAUCAAAUGGCAUUUCAACCCACCACACGCACCACAUUUUGGUGGAGUAUUUGAAACUAUGAUUAAAUCUGCAAAGAAAGCGAUUUAUGCUAUACUUGGGUCAGCGGAUAUUACAGACGAAGAACUAUUGUCGGCUUUUACUGGCGCUGAAGCACUCAUAAAUUCACGUCCCCUAACCUAUCAAUCGGCGAACCUAAAAGACAAUCUUCCUUUAACUCCAAAUCACUUUUUACAUGGUCAAAUUGGAGGACAAUUUGCACCAGAAAGCGUUGACGAAACCGACUAUAACUCGAGGAAAAGAUGGAGAAGAGUUCAGGAAUUAGUGCGUCAUUUCUGGCAUCGUUGGCUGAAAGAAUGGCUUCCGACUCUUAAUCGACGGAAAAAGUGGCAACAAUUACAGAAAAAUGUAAAGGAAGGUGAUGUAGUGUUGGUAAUUUCCUCAGAUUCACCUCGAGGACAUUGGCCGUUAGGAAGAAUUGUUAGUGUUCAUCCUGGAAAAGAUGGACAUAUACGUGUUGUAAAAGUAAGAGUAGGUAAUACAACACUAACAAGACCAAUCACAAAGAUUUGCCCACUUGAAUGCGAACUCGAGUAAAACUCUCAUUCAAAACACUUAAAUAACGAUUUAAGCUAUAGACUAUGUAUAUAAUGUGUGAUUAUGUAUAAUGUGUGAUUAUGUAUAUAUUGUGUGAUAUUGACUUCGACUAGUCAAGGAAGGGGAGAAUGUUCAGAAGUAACCUUGACCUUAUUUCGCAACCUUAUUAUCGCGUGAACAAUGACAAUUAAUAGUGCAUAAAUAUGUAGAUUGGACUUAUAUAUAGCCAGGCAAACUAGUAAACAGUCAGUGUAUGUAAAAAUUAAGAUUGAUACGAUUCGUAUAUAGAUAAAGUUAAAAGAUAAUUUCGACUUCGAACCAGCUAUCAAUUCUAAAGUUUGCUGCCAUGCAUCUGUUGUCCCAUACCCACUUCUGUAGUCUGUUGUAGUUUUCUGUAAAUUGUUCUGUUUUUCUGUAGCGAUUACCAAAUUAUCGGCAAAUAUCAAAAUACGGCGACAAAAUUUAGUGCUCUUAAUUUGUUUUUAUACGAUAACUUGUAGCGAAGAAUGCGGAAAUUUUUCGUUACAUUCACAGCAUUUUAACACACGAAAGCUUCGAAAUUUGAAUUUUAUCGCAGUAUAUGGGUAACCACGUUACAGCUGAAUACAAAACAGAUUACAGAAAAUAUAUCAACAAACUACAGAAGCCAAAGUGGGAAGGUUCUUGUAUUUUGACUAUUACAGCAAUAAAACCCACCAAUACGUACAUUUAUAAUUGCAUCCAAUAAAAGAGUUGCAACCGACUUUUCUUCAUCGUCUCCUUCAAAAAGUACAUCAUACGUCUGUUCUCUGUCAAGAAGAUGAUAACACUUUAAUGUUUUUAGACAAUUCGCGGACUUGUAGGGUUUUACCGCUAUGCACCGUAUAACAAAACUGAAAGAAUUCUCUAAACACGACAGAGAAAAUAACUAACCAUGCCCUCCCCCCUCCCCCCAUAAUUUAAAGAAUCUGACUGAUUUCCAGAUUGGUGUUCUGAAUAAGCGUCAAAUAAGUUUUUCAAAUUUUAAAAUUUCCAUGAUAAAACGACAGACUAUUAUUACUUAGCAAAUUUGCUUGACAAUCCGCCGGUGCCUCUUAACUUCGAAACGGAAGGUCGUGCAAUAUUAAGAGGCUAAAAGGCUCGCAACAAGUUGUCCCAAUAAGUUUGACAUCGUCAUCACGUAACAAGUUGAUGACAACAAGCUCGUAGCAGCUUGUUACGAACAGGCUGUAUUAGUUUCGUUGGAACAACUUGUAACAAGGUGAUAACAACUUGUUCCAGACUUGUCACAACAACUGUUGGAAACAAGCAUACAGUGCGAACACAUCGUGAUAUCGGCUUGACAACAACCUGUUUUCGGAUCUAGCCUAUAACAACUUGCGCGUUUUUACGUGUGUAGGCCAAUGGGCCGAUCAGUGGGCCAAUGUAGAUCGUGGGAACAAGGGUAAAUAAUGUUAGCCAAUCAGCGCGUUUGUUUACAUUUUGCGUCCUUGACCAAUCAGAAUGCUUGAAAUUCGAAACAUAUAAACAAAAGGAGUGAGAAAAUAACACCUUGUUCUACGCCCUCCGUGACAUUCGAUAUUAAACUUUUUACUCCAAAACUGAGAAAUUCUGAUAAAGCAUGCUUUCUUCUUUAAUUUCCUCGGGGGGAUUUUUUAAAUUCGAUCUAGACUGCGAAAUAUUUAUGUUUGAAUAACAGUGUUUUAACGCGCGUAAAAUAGCAUACUCUCACUUGCACUAUCUUAACACACACAUAAAAAAAAUUGGUAGAUUUGGCAGUUUAAACUUAUUUUCCCCACACCACAGCCGAAAUAUUUUUAAAUAUUACCUAUAUCAUCUCAUCUCGCAUCGGAAAUGCGUCACAACGAUCCAGGACAGCAUCGCAUGACUCAUACACACUCAUUACUGUACAUAUCCGGUUGGCAAAAUGGCGAUUGUCAGACCUUCGCGAAAUGCUUAUUUUUGCUAACAAACUGUUUACGAGGGUUUCGUUCUGUUCGUCUUCUGGUUCAUCGUCAUCGGCUGCCUCAAUUUCUUCGUCGCUUUCGUCCUCUCUAAAGCGAGUCGCCGAGGCAAACAGCGUUAAUAUUUGCUGUCUUUCCAAGGCCUUCCAAGAGCUUCAACAUUUGCCAACGUUGUUGCUUGACAAACUGGGCAAUCGCUGAUGUUGAUCGCGGAUGCAUUCGAUGUGGAAUGAAUGUCCACAACCACGGAAAACGUUCCAAGUGGAUUAACCUUUUUGCAGGCAGGUGAAUUGCAUUUUCUAUGAUGGAAAUUUUAAAGUAAGAUUUAUAUUUUAUAUUUUAUACAGAUCUUUAUAGUCAGUUUGUCCUUGGAAAUUGUUCCAAAAUAUGAGUGUGUAGCAAAGUUAAAAUAGCACUCAUAAUCUCCAGAACAUGUUUGAAUCACAGCAGUCCUGAGACAUCGGAACUGGCAGCUGUUCAUCUGAUGAUUCUGAUCAAUGGCACCCCAUAUCUAUUUAGUGUACAAUACCAGUCAAU